GCGGGGCGGAAAGAAAGAGCUUGCAUCAUUCGAGAAUCUACAGGCGGCCUCAUGCCCCCGUGAAGUUUGGAUCCUUAUGGAAGUAGCCAGAGCCAUAAACAGAUUCCAAGGAACGAAUGCCUUAAUCAGAUUUACCUGCCUGGUGGCUUCAGAGAAGACAGGGUCUGGUUUUGCCACCAGCACUCCUUGUAGCCUGGAAAAAAUGACAGAUCUCGUAGCCGUUUGGGAUGUUGCUUUAAGUGACGGAGUCCAUAAGAUUGAAUUUGAACAUGGGACCACAUCAGGCAAACGAGUGGUAUAUGUAGAUGGGAAGGAAGAGAUAAGAAAAGAAUGGAUGUUCAAAUUAGUGGGCAAAGAAACUUUCUGCGUUGGAGCUGCAAAGACAAAAGCCACCAUAAAUAUAGAUGCUGUCAGUGGAUUUGCAUAUGAAUAUACUCUGGAAAUUAAUGGGAAGAGUCUCAAGAAGUAUAUGGAGAACAGGUCAAAAACCACCAAUACUUGGGUAUUACAUUUGGAUGGUGAGGACUUUAGAGUUGUGUUGGAAAAAGACACUAUGGAUGUAUGGUGCAAUGGUAAAAGAAUGGAGACAGCGUAAGCCACAUUACAUUCUGAGGAAUCAGGUUUUGAGAGUGGGUGAGAACGUCCCAUCCCUCCUGACUGGGGCCCUCCGCAGCUGCUUCACCUCUCUGUGCCUCAACGUCCUCAUCUCUGCAGUGUGGAUGGUAGUGGUACUCCUGGUACUGUCGAUGGUCAGGGUUACUGUGACGAUGCCCUGAAAUAAUGCCUGCAAACUCUUCUUGGUGUACAGCAAGUAACUGGGUAUAAAAAUAAGUGUUUGCUGUCAUGUUUAUCAUUCUUACUUUUAAAAAUAGUUGGUACCAUCUACAUAGUACAUGUUAUAGACACCUAGCCACAAGGUAUUAGGGUUUUUUUCCUCUGAAUCAAAUUCUUCAAGAUUAUAGAUGGGCACAAAUAAGAAACUUUCAGUUCAUAGCAGAGAUGUAAAAGCAUCUAGCAAUACAAGCUUCUGACUUUAAUUUUCCAAAGUUUAACAUUUAGCUGAUAGAUACUUCAUUAUACUACCCUUUUAGAUGGUGUUAAUGCUCUCAACGAAGAUAAAUGUUUCUAGAACACUAACUCCUCCUUCUUUUGUUGGCCUAGGGUGAGUUUGUAGAUGACGGGACUGAAACUCACUUCAGUGUUGGGAACCAUGACUGUUACAUAAAGGCUGUCAGUAGUGGGAAGCGGAGAGAAG